ACUCGGGAAGCUCAGCGCUGUUUGGGACACAUGGGCGGGGUGCGGGGGUGGAGCUGUGAGUGCUCAGAGUCAGUGUGAGUGCUGAGUGGGACUAGUGAAGACUGUAAUAGAAUUCUGCUAUCAUGGACUCUGGGGAUCAAGAUUUGUUGAGACCAGAUUCAGUACCGGUGGGCGAAGAUGCAGCUGCUACAGUGCCAGAGACUUUAACGGAGGAGGAGCAUGAAAAGCUAAGAAAAGAACUUGAAAAGGUGGAAGAGGAGAUACAAACCCUAAGCCAGGUGCUUGCUGCAAAGGAAAGGCAUCUAGCAGAAAUCAAAAGGAAGCUGGGAGUCACCACGUUGGGAGAGUUAAAGCAGAACAUUUCCAAAGGACUGCAAGAUGUUGCUUCCACUACAGUGUAUAAGAAGACAUCUGAAACUCUGUCUCAGGCAGGACAGAAAGCCUCUGCUGCCUUUUCAUCAGUUGGUUCUGUCAUUACGAAAAAGCUGGAAGAUGUAAAGAAUUCUCCCACAUUCAAGUCCUUUGAAGAAAAGGUGGAAACUUUAAAGUCUAAAGUUGGUGGCAGUAAGCCAACUACAGGAGAUUUUGGAGAAGUCUUAAACUCAGCUGCCAAUGCUAGUGCCACAGAGCCUCUGACAGAAAAUGAUCUGGAGAACCAGUGAGGAUUCUGCAUUUUCUGCCAACUACUGCAAGAUGCUGCAAUCAAGAUUUAAGCACAUCCAUUAUAUAGAUUUAUUUUGUUCCCAGAAAACAUUUCUCUUAGUAUCACUCUGAUUUGUGUUAUCCACUUAAACUGAAGUCCCAUUUGGAUAAGAGGCCUAAGCUGUACUAUUUGGAGAGAGAUAUUCUAAACACAAUUGCCAUUUUCUCCUUCUUCACAAGAGGCUUACAGUUUUGUUACACUGGACAUGUACCAAGUAGACACUAAUGAAAGCAACAAUAAAUUUAGUGUACUUAUAUGGUAA